AAUUCUUUGCACCUCCCUGAAAAGUGGAAUAAAACCUGCUAUGAGGCUGCUUUCCAGCAGUUGGUGUUGCAUUUAAGUGGGGAUCACAGUACCCAUGUUGUUUACUCCAGAGAUGUAAAGACUUUUGUCAACACAGGUCAUCUCAUUAAUUGCACAGUUUCUUUUUGUAAAUGCGAACCUGAGGUCUGCACUCUUCUGAAGUAUGGCCUUUGGCCUGCUUCACCGGAGAAGCCACAGACUGCUUUUUCAAUGGCUCUUCUUGAGCUAUUUGUCCAUCUUUCUUUGGAGUGCCAGAUCUCUGUAGAGGGAUUCAUCAACACCUUACGGUGGAAAAACAAUCUUACUGUUAUGGAGGUUAAUAUGCUGUACAGAGCCCUAGUAGGAGAGUCUAUUUCCCAGUUUCGCCAUUAUCACUUCCGACGAAGGUCACUAGUUGGCCUUUGUGACCAAUUUGAUGAUGGCACAGUGUGCCCGGCAUGCAUAAAGACUGAUGGCACUGUAAUUGUGGCUUUGGAUGCCAACUUUGGCCUUGUACGAAAAAAGAGCUCUGGAAGUAGUAUCACUGAGCCAUUGCAGGGUAACAGAAUGUUUGUCAGGGAUGAAGAUGUUGAAGAGUAUGUCAGGUCAAAUCCUGACAACUGUCAACCAACAGAGAACUGUAGCAAGUUUAAAGCUGGCAAUGCACUUCGUUCCCAAAACCAGCAAAAAAAAUUAGACAUAACUGGUGUAUUUGGAGCAUCAUGUCGCCACGAGGUUCCACUGAUAUUUCUUAACAUGACACAUGGAGAAAGAAAACUGGAGAAGGAAUCCCAAAAGGACUUUCCCUGGCGGUACCAGCAUUUCAUGUGUAUGGGCAUAAACUGCAGUGUCAGAUCAUGUACAGCACGCGACGAGUUCCUGGAUUUGGACUAACAGAUGGUGAAUGCAUGGAGAGGUUAUGGUCGUUUUUG